CUCCUGAGACUUGAGUGUUUGGUAGGUCGCAAUAACCACCGUCAAACUGGCUGCAUCUCUCGUCGGCGCCUUGCAGGAUAAUAUCCGCCAGGCCUUCUCAAGCGCCUCCACCACCCUGGAAAAGCUCACCACUCAACCUAUUCAACCCGCCGAUACUCCCACCGACCUCUGGCAGCGUGCCCAAUUCUGGUUCAGCCAACAGGACUCCUCUGUCCUUGCCGCCCUUACUCUGACCGCCAUCGCUUUAGUCAUGUCGUGGUCAUCUCGAUUCGGCUCCUGGUCUGGACGCUUCUCGCCUUUUGGUCGUUCUGGUGGCUCGGCGCAGGUCAAAGACUCGGACUACAGCUACAUUACAUCUGACGAUCUGAAGAAUGCCGAACAAAGAGAAGCCUCGCCCACCCCAUCUGGUCCGCCCAGAGAUACCGACGUGCUGGUUCUCAAGAGCAAGCGCAUCAGCUAUCCGGUGCAUUUCCCUGCCUACACGAUUGAAAGAGGCGAGCUGAAGAUUGGGUCUGUCAGAGAGCAGGCAGCCAAGAAGACUGGCGCAGAUGCACGUCGCAUCAAGCUCUUCUUCAGGGGCAAGAACAUGAAGGAGGAUGCCAACUCUUGUCGCACCGAAGGCCUGCGACACAACAGCGAGAUUAUGUGUGUUGUUGGAGACAAUGUCCCCGAGUCCAUGAGUUCGAGCGAUUCCGAGGCCGAGGAUGCGUCUGUUGAUGGUGGGGACGUUCCCAAGAGGAAGCGCAAUCGCAACAAGAACAAGAAGAAGAAGUCCAAGAAGUCGGCAACACCUUCUGGCACCCCUCUAAACGAUACUUCGAGAACGCAGUCCCCCCGCCCACCGCCCGCUCCGGUCACCCCUAUGGACAAAUUGAACGCCGUCAACUCAACCCUCCAGACCCUACUGCCUCAAUGUGUUCAGUUCUUGGCCAACCCACCACCGGAGCAAGCAAAAAGGGAGUUCGAGCACAAGCGUCUCAGCGAGACUGUUCUCGCACAGGUUCUCCUAAAGCUGGAUGCCGUUGAAACCGAGGGCGAACCAGAGGCUAGAGCAAGAAGGAAGGAGCUGGUCAGAGAAGCACAGAAUGUUCUCAACAGCCUGGAUGACUCUAUGAAGUCGUGAUUGAAGAAUUGGCUAGGCACCUGGAUCACUACAGGCGACCUAUUACGCGGUUUCCAUUCGUUGACGCAAGACAGAGGCGUUCAUGCAUUCUCUCAUUUUUUGACGCCCUGGUUCCUACCUGGAGACUCCUUAGCAGGCCCAGAAUC